GUUUUUAUUUUUUCUUAUCCUAUUGUUGGCACGCCUUUUACUAGUCAAGCCGUUUUAUUUUAGUCUACGGAAAUCGGAAAAACGUUCAGUAAACAGACGUCAGUAUAAGUAUUUAUAUUCUUCGACAUUCGGAAAUGCUAAUACGCCUUUUUCUCUUUCGCAGAUGAUCCGCAUCGUUGACUUGGAGUCUUGGCGAACAAAAAAGUAACCAACGAUGUAUUGCCGAUACAACUUGUGAAAUCGAUCAUGGACAAAAACAAGAAAAAAAAUCACACCAAUGGAAAAUAUAAGAAAAAUGGAAAAACGGAAAAUUAUAAAGUAGAUGAUGACAUUGUAACAACAUGUUGUUUCUGCGUCAGAACCAAAAAGAGCAAAAAGAAAACCCUUGUAGCGGGAUGUAUCACAAAUCUUGGUAUUUUUGUUCUGCUGAUUGCAUAUACUCUAGUUGGUGCUUUCAUAUUCUUGGCUAUCGAAGGUAGUGCAGCUAAAAUACACCAGAAGACUCUAGCAACUACAUCUUAUCAGGCAAACGAUAGUCCGAAAGUGCCCAGCGCUAAACUAAAUGGUAGCAUUUCUCAGGCUAGUGCGGAGCUACGAUCGCAAACAGUUGAAAGUAUUUGGGAGAUAACUGUAUCUCUAAACAUACUGUACAAAGAAAACUGGACAAGAUUAGCUGCUCAAGAGAUAGCUCGGUUUCAAGAGAAAUUAGUAGCGCGUGUGGCAGCUGAUGUAUCAGCUCAAUAUGGAGGAGCUAGAGCUUUAGAGUCUGCACCAGCGUUAGUAGUCGAUGAUUAUGAAUGGAACUUUGCUAAAGCUUUUCUUUACUCUCUCACCGUUCUAACAACUAUAGGAUAUGGGAGUGUAGCUCCAAAAACAGCACUAGGAAAGGCAGUUACUAUUGGAUAUGCAGUCAUAGGAAUCCCAUUAACACUUCUAUACCUUUCAGUUGUAGGAGCAUUAUUAUCAAGGCUUGCCAGAAGUGUAUUCAGUAAAGCACUAUGUUGCUGCUUAUGUACAAAAUGCGGGUAUUGCUGUCUCGACGAAAGGACAAUGGCUAGUAAAGAAAGAAAAGAAAAAGUGAGGAGACAUGAUGACUACAGAAAUCAAACUCUGCACUUGCAAGAACCAUACUAUGUUCGAUCGCCAUCGGGAACUAUAAUAUCAGCAUCCCAAGCACACAGCGUCAGUACAAAUUCUAUGAAAGAUAAAACUCCUGGGCUUGGCUUUCUUAGAGACUGCGAUUCAAUGAGUUGCACAGACACAGAUUCGAAGAUAUCACUACGAGGUUUCUCAAUCCUAGCCCCAGUUUGUCUUUGUCUUGGCGCUAUAUUCACAUAUAUCUUUUUUGGUGCGCUGGUUUUGUAUCAGCUCGAGGGUUGGAGUCCAAUAGAUGGUGUUUAUUUCUGCUUCAUGAGUCUCAGCACAAUAGGUUUUGGUCAUUUAGCUCCUGGCGCUACUCAAAAAAAUGGUGCGUCUACAGGUACCGUAUGGUUUUGCUCAAUUUAUAUAAUGACCGGGCUCGCUUUGACUGCUAUGUGUUUCAACGUUCUACACGAUGAGAUCGUUCACCGUUUAAGGCAUCACGAGAAGGGGAUGAAGAUGAAUACUCAAAAGGUGCUGACGUCAGAAUUCCUUCACCGGUCUUGACGUGACGAUAGUGGAAAUAUGACCGACGAGACGAUCUUAAAUUCUGAAGGCGACUCUUUACCAGAAGUUUUGAAUCACGUUUCUGGUUCGAGGUGUGAUGGCGGUGCUAUACGACGUUCCGUUUACACACUCAGAGAAGAGAAGGAACCAGAAAGGAUGACACCUAUGUAAUGAUCCUACGCAUUUUGAUAAUUAGAUGUUCUGAGAAUAAUCGAUUUGUUAUAUUUAUUGUGUUUUUAGAUAUUUAUAUUUCAAUUCAUUUAUCAAUGAGAUGAAAUUGAAUAACAUAAGUAGUGCAACGGAAUUUAUCAUACGGUUUUGGUUUUAAACCAAAUAAAUAUUUAAAUGAGAAUUUCCUUCUUGGCGAUGUCCAUGGAAAUGUAUUAUUUCGUUGAGAUGUAGAUAAAUAGUGUUGAUAUUAAAAACAAGAAUCAUAAGAAAAAACCCUAAGAAGUAAUGAAAUGACUGACCAUAUUUGUUAAUUAUUUUAAAUAGUUUAAGCAAUACCUUCAUAAGAAACCCUUAGAGUGUAAUGUUUAGCAACUAUCACUAGUAAAAAGAGCUAUUUUAAUAAUUGUUUUCUAGUUCAAAGGCAACUUAGGAUAUGUAUGAAAAUAAACAGUAGUUAGAUCCUAGUGUACUAUAGUUUUACAAGACAACUAUGUGCCAUAUCCAGAAC